AUGGACAAAACUUUGUGCGAUAAAUUCGCUAAUUGCGUCAAUGACCUCCAGGAUUAUAUCUCUAUAUUUUCAAUUACGAACCCGGAUGACACCAUACAUACGCUGGAAACUACUCGGAUGGAAUUAAACUCCACAUGGGACCAGGUUAAGAGGGCUUACGUGGAAUGCCGAGACCAUACUCCGGAGAAGGAAGAGAAACCCAUUGACAAGAACAAGUUAAGGAAACAUUAUAUGGAGGCAAUGGACGCUUACAAAAAGGCACUGAGCGCAAUAAAUCUGCAGAUCCAAACAGCGCUGGAUAACCAAACAUUGGAAAAAACAAAAAGGGAGUCGGAGAGGUCACACCAGGGGAAGGAGAUGGAUUUUACGCCAGUAUCCCGUCUGCCACCAUGCGACACAGACAUAUUUAAAGGAGGAUAUAGCGAAUGGCCUACUUUUAGGGAUUUAUUUUCUGCAAUCUAUAUAAAGAAUUCAAAAUUAAGCAAAGUCGAAAAGCUAUUUCACUUGACCCAGAAGACCGCUGGAGAAGCAAGGGAAAUUAUCAGCAAUGUUCCGCUAACUAACGACGGAUUUGAUUUAGCCUGGAAGAAUCUUAUUGAUCGCUACGAGAAUAAAAGGAUGCAAGUCAAUGAACUGAUUAAGACCCUUUUUAAUUUGCCUAAUGUUUCAACUGACUCAAGUCAAACUAUACAGAAGCUGCAGCGCACUGUGAAUAGCUGCAUUCAGACUUUGGAGACCCUCGAUGUCGAUGCGAAAGGAUGGGAUCCAAUAUUAAUAUAUAUUUGUUCGACGAAAUUACCCAGAAAUUUCCUGGAGGAGUUCGAGAACUCUCUAACGGAUUGCAAACUUCUUCCAAAAUGGGAACAAUUUGAUGCUUUUUUGACAAACAAAUUCAAGACAAUGGAAUCGGUGGGGAACAUAAAACCGUCCACGUCAAAAAGCAAUCAAUCGAAACCACCUGGAAAUAAUAAACCGAGAUUUUUUAACUCUUUUCAAACAAAUGUUUCGAAAAAUGGCAACAACCCUGGAGGAAAACAAACUCAUUACACUCAGCCUCAAUCAAAUAAGGCACCUAGUCCUCAACAAUGCCAAUUAUGCAAAGCCAAUCACUUCAUAAGGGAUUGCAACGAAUUCUUGAAAAAGAAUGUGAAUGAUCGAAUUCACUUGGUGAAAACUUCACACUUAUGCUACAAUUGCUUGUCAUCCAACCAUGGAGUAAAGGACUGCAAAAGUCGCUUUGGUUGUCGAACUUGUACAAUGAGACACCACACUUUGUUACACAAGGGAACGGAAACCCAAUCAACAAACACAUACCUAGCUCGAGUGGAAGCACAACCUAGUCACAGUGCUGCCACUCAUACAAAUCAAAUACAGUCCACUACGAAUCAAGAACCAACUACUGUCACUACCUUGACCCUUCAGGAUACACCCGUUGAGACUCAACAAUCUGGAGGAACUUUACUUUUUACAGCAAUCGUACAAAUUGAAGCCAAAGGACAACUUUACGAUGCCAGAGCACUCAUUGACUCUGGAUCACAAUCAACAUUUAUAUCGGAAAAAAUGAAGAAUCUUUUGAAACUGCCAACUCGCAGCAACUUGGUCCAUGUAACAGGACUUAGUCAAUUUGUCUCGGAAACUUCAACGAAGUCUUGCCUAUUCACGAUGAGAUCCAAAUACGACCCUAGCUUUAAACUGGAGGUAUGGGCUCCAGUUUUACGAACGUUACCCUCAAAUCUACCACCGCAAAACUUAGAUAAAUCACAACUUAGAGAUAUUACAUCAUUGGAAUUGGCUGACCCGAAAUUCUACAUCAGUCAACCCAUUGACUUACUUAUUGGAAUGGACAUCGGACCAUUGAUAUUCACAAUUGGAACACCAAUGAAAAUAUUUGGAUCAAUUUUAACACAACAAACCAAAUUUGGAUGGAUCGUUGGAGGACCCAUACCAGGAAAUACUAUACAAAGGAAUCAAAUUUCAUUGCUUAGCACCACAUCAAUUGAAAAAGUACUUACACGUUUUUGGGAGGUGGAAGAGACCCCUAAAAAAGUUUUACGGUCAGAGGAAGACCAAUUUUGCGAACGAAAUUUUACUGAGACAACUAUACGGAAUAAGGAUGGAAGAUAUGUGGUGACUCUCCCAUUCAAAAAAUGUGAAGAAUUAGGAAAUUCUAGAAACAUCGCCUUAGCUCAAUUCUACAGAAUGGAGAAAAAACUCAUGAAAACACCCGAGAUAAAGGAACAAUAUGAUAAUUCGAUACUCGAAUACUUAGAGCUUGGACACAUGCGAAAAAUUCACAAAAAUGAAAUUGAGAACAUGCCAAAUUAUUAUCUGCCACAUCAUGCUGUAAUAAAACCAGAUCGACUCACUACGAAGUUGCGAGUGGUGUUCAACGCUUCUUGUCCCUCAGCAAACAAAACAAGCCUCAAUGACACACUAUUUCCUGGACCCAUUUUACAACAAGAUCUGGUAUUACAAAUUUUAAAAUGGCGAUUUUUUAAAUACGUUUUUAACGCAGACAUCACAAAGAUGUAUCGGCAGAUACUUUUGGAUCCGACCCAAACCAAAUUUCAAAGAAUACUCUUUAGACAGUCACCUGACGACCCCAUCGAAGACUAUGAACUACUGACAGUUACAUUUGGAGUUAACUGUGCACCAUAUUUGGCAUUGAGGACUCUUCUAAAACUGGCAGAGGACAUAAAGGAUGUGUAUCCAAGAGCCGCAAAUAUAAUUUUAAAUAAUCUGUACGUGGAUGAUGUAUUAGCUGGUGGUCACACGGAAGAAGAAUCCAUCGAAGCUCGUAAGGAAUUAACUGCCGCUCUAGCAUCGGCUGGAUUUCAACUCAUGAAGUGGGCAUCAAACGACCACAAGAUUAUUGAAGAUAUUCCAGAAGAAAAAUUACUACCUCUCAAUUGGUUAGAUAUAUCGGAAGAUGCAUCCACAAAGACAUUGGGAAUUAGAUGGAAUAUUUCUGGCGAUUUUUUCUCGUUCACACCGCCGGCAAUGGAGAAUCACACUACCUCAACAAAACGAGAAGUCCUAUCAACAAUAGCCAAAUUAUUUGACCCUUGCGGUUGGCUGGCGCCAGUCGUGUUGGUAGCCAAGUUAAUAAUGCAACAAAUCUGGCUAGAUAAAAUAGACUGGGAUGACCCGUUGAAGCCAAUGACCCAAAAGAACUGGAAUAAUUUUGUAAAAAACAGCAAAGAAAUCGAAUUUCUGAAGGUUCCAAGAUGGAUAAGAUUCACUGCAGAUGUUUCCGUGGAAAUACACGGAUUUUGCGAUGCUUCGGAAAACGCAUACGGAGCUACAUUAUAUAUUCGAAUCGAAAACAAAGAUUAUAGCACUCAUACAUUUCUGCUGGCCGCCAAGACCCGUGUUGCACCAAUCAAGAAACUGUCAAUUCCGCGCCUAGAAUUAUGCGGAGCGGUACUACUCUCCAAAUUAGCCGCAUCCAUUAUAAAAAACCUUCAAAUAACAUCAUACUCGACACAAUUUUGGACGGAUUCAACAAUCGUCCUUGCAUGGCUGAAAAAGCCUCCUUGCCACUGGAAUGCCUUCGUGGGAAAUAGAAUUUCGGAGAUUUCUGAGAAUGUUGGGCAAGACAAUUGGAGACAUGUUGAUUCCGAAAGCAACCCAGCCGACAUUGCGAGUCGAGGAUGUUCACCUUUGGAUUUAAGGACUCAGGAACUCUGGUGGUAUGGACCCCAGUGGCUUAAAUUACCCAAGGCUAGGUGGCCAUCGUAUGAAGUUCUUGAGGACACGAGUUUAGAAGCAAAAACAGUAAAAGCCUUGACCCUACUUCAAGAAAAGGAUGACCCACUCAAAAAUUUCUCAUCUUUAUCCAGAAUAUGGCAGCCUACUUACCAAACCAGGACUGGCGAUUGGCAGAACGCAGCCCCAGCCCAGCCCGUAGACAGCCCAACCAGCCCCGUUCCAACGACCGACGACCACGGAGUAGGUCCAAUGCUAGGCAGCCUCAGCACAGACCCAGUCAUUGGCAGCACUCGUGCGGCUUAUGUCAGGAGGACCACGCCCUCAGUGCCUGCUCCCGGUUUCGCGACCAGACCCCCUUCCAACG